CCUGGUGGACACUGGUGGCUGCAGGCUUGAGCGGGCGGGCGAGCGAGGAGCUGUCGGCUUUGUGUGUGGGCGCGCGGGGAGCCCGGAGCUGCGGCGGGCAUGAGGUAGGUGAGAGCCCUGAGUAUCUGAGCAAGGCAGCAUGGCAAUGUUCCUGGGGGCCAAGAACGCCCACUCACUUCUCAAACGCCUCCCCCGGGCCAACAGCUUCCUGGAGGAGUUCCGCCAGGGCACCAUCGAGCGGGAGUGCAUCGAGGAGAUCUGCAGCUAUGAGGAGGUCAAGGAGGUGUUCGAGAACAAGGAGAAAACGAUGGAGUUCUGGAAAGGAUACACCAGCUCCAUAUACUCUGUCAAGGACCCCGGGCAGGGCACGGAGCGCUCAGAUGCCAUGUAUGUGGUGGUGCCUCUCCUGGGAGUGGCUCUGCUUAUAGUCAUUGCCCUGUUCAUCAUCUGGAGGUGUCAGCUGCAGAAGGCCACGCGCCACCGUCCCUCGUACGCCCAGAACCGCUACUUGGCCAGCCGAGCGGGCCGCAGCCUCCCCAGGGUCAUGGUGUACCGAGAGACCUCUCACAGCCAGGGGGAAGGCCAGUCCCAGCGCGAGCCAGGCAGCAGGGUGCCUGCCGGAGGCAGAGCAGGAGGCACUCUUUACCCGCCGGAACACUCCGUCUCCAUCCUCUCCAGACUGUCUAGUGCCACCCCUCCCCCUUCCUAUGAGGAGGUGACCGGUCACCCGGAGAGCAGCAGUGUGGGAAGAGUGGAGCAGGAUGAACAAAACCUUCCCGAGGGGCAAGAGGUGCUUCCUGCCCACCCCAAACACUCAGCUCUGCCCGUGUGACGUGGCACUCACAGAAGCGGGGAGGGAUGCUCUGUGGAGCACCAGGCUGCGAGGAGGGAGAACGGCCCUGCCAUCCCUCUCCCAUAAGUGCCAUAACAGCAGGAGAUGAGUGGCAGAUCGUCGCUGGCCCUGUGGGGGUUCUCAUCGGUGUGUUCAAUCCAAAAAAUAAGUGUAGUGUCGUCCUGUGUUUAAAACAGCCACACUGCUGCCUCGGCACCCACCUCCGCCCCACGGUAUAUGCACACGCUAUCCCUGGCAUCCAUGACGCUGAGACGCCCGUAGACAUGGGAUCAGUGGUCAGACAGACAGAACCUUUUCAAUGUUUCUUGCAACAUCCAGCCGUGGAGCCAAUGAUGGUUUGUGCCUCAACAAUCCUGUUGUUCGUACAUCUGGAUGAGGUCUUGUUUUUCCCUGCAUCUGGACUGUGGGAUCUUUGUUCUGGGGAUGGUCCUGGCUAUCUCACUGCUCACUUGUUUAGCACUAAUAUUUAAUUUUGCCUUUGGAAGAUUUACUUUUCCUGGGUUUCUUGCCAGGGAUGUGUGUGUGAAUGUCAAACACUUGAGAUCCCUGCACAGCUUUGCACAAGGAGUGAAACAAAUCCACUCUCUAGCUCUGUUACCUGGAACAGUGAGAGAUGCAGUUUAUAUCGGCCUCCUCCCUCUUCUCUGCUCAUUCUGCCCAACUGCAUUCUGCAUCGUUGUGAUCUUCUGCGGGAUGCAGCUGAAACCAGGGAGAUGUUUUGUGAUUCUGUAUCUUAUUUCCAAAGGGGAAUAUCCCAGGGGCUAGCGCCUGUGUAGAGAAUGUCUCUAGAGGUGGGGACUGGGGUUUGUGUCUCAAUGAUCACUGCUUUUCGUAACAUCUGUUCUAGGGAGCGAUGCUUCUGUAGCAAUUGGGGACAAUGGCAUUGAGCUGGGAUUGUUCUCUUGUGCCUCCUGUCUCUGUGUAUGGCUGAAGCAGGUGGGCAGUGGUCUGUUCUUUUGCCUUGCAUGACGCCAAAUCAGAGUUUGGUCCUGGCAGAUUUUUAAGGUUCUUCCCUUUCUUUAAGAUUGGGGAUGCCUCUUGUUCCUUGACCCUUCCCUGUUCCCCCUCCCAGACCUCCGCCAGGGCCUCUCCCACAAAUUGGACGCAGUUAAAAGAGGAUGUCUUUCCAUCCCAUUCCCCAUCCCACCAUGUUCCAGCUUCCUCUACCAGUGCAGUCUGUGAACUAUCUGAAGAAAGGGGUGCACUGAAUUACAUGCUCACCAGGCUGGAGGCAGAUGCAGUGCAGCAUCCCUGCCGUCCUCCACUCCAGAUGUGCUUCCCCAUGUCCAUUUGUCCUGCCUGCGGCUUUGCUUCUGUGGGACCAUCAGCUCUGCACGGUGAGGAUGUGAGACUGUUCUCUAAGGCCCACAGCGUGAUCUAUGCUGAGGCUACUGUACAGAACCUGCCGAGGCAGAAGGGAAUCCCUGAGGCUUUGUGAGGUCAAGGUGAGCUGACUUGGGACUGUAGGGCCUGGUGCACCUGCCAGGGUCAGGCAAGCAUGACUUGCUUCAGUGUCUUGUGCUGCCCCUUGCUGUCUUCUGGGUCUCACACAGCUGGCAGGGCAGAGCUAGAGGAGGCAGGAGGCACAGAUGAGGGAGAGCAGAGGAACAAAGGAAAGGGGAGAGGGGAAUUGUGGGUGAACAUGCUCUUGUGAAGUAAAGUGGGGGAAAGAGGAACUCAGUGCUGUCCGGCCCAUAACUCAGAGAAAGCCCCUAGACACUCAGCUGCUCUGAUUAGCCAACUGAACCGUGCUGCCAUCAACUCAGGUGCUUUGCAAUGUUUCUGUUCAGCAGGAAGUGGGGUGCAGGGAAUUGUCGGGGCUGGUGGACUCUUACCCUCUCCCCACCACAAUGUUUCCAGAGGCUGGGGCUGGCCAUAUGGGUAGGAAGCAUUUUCUGCAUGGUGCGUGUUUGAUACAAGCCACUACCAAGCUUCACAAAUGUGACUCUCUGUUGAAGAUCCCAUGUUCACAGCACUGUGCUUUAUAUGCAAACAGGAGGUCAAAUCUCCACUCUUUCCUAUGACUUCUGGUCACCUGUAACUGUAAAGAGAUCUAUGAAACAUCAGAAACAUACGGAUGCUGCAUAUUGUGGGGCAGAUUGUGGUUAAGGCAUAGGACGGGGAGCUAGAAGGUCUGGGUUCUGUUCCCGGUCCUGUCACUGAGGCACCGUGUGACCUUGGGACAGUCACUUACCCUGUCUGUGCUUCAGUUUUCUCCUCCAGAGGGACAGUAUCUUGUGGGGGUGUUGUGAGGCUAAAUUCACCGCAUGUAAAGUGCUUUGAGAUCCUUGGAUCAAGGUACAGAGGAUCUGGGACAGGAUAAAUGGGCGGAGCUUAGGAAAGUUCCCUAUAAGAUUCUGCAGGUUCUUUUGAGCUUCAUCUGUCUGCAGAGGACUCUUCUCCUUCUGGGUUCAAGAGUGCUUUGGUGCGUGGACAUGGAUUGGAUUAUCUGUGGGGUUUUCCUAGGGGCUGUGUUGAACUUCAGGCUCUAGGGCUACCAAUUUAAAACCAGAACGCGCUGUCAGGCCUUCUAGAGUUUCAGUGCACACUCCCUGUCCCAGCUUCCAUCAGUAAUAGUGGAUCUCACGCUCCCAUGCCACUCACUCAUAUCUGUUCUUAGGCCCAUUUCAGAAUGCCUGAAAUGUGCAGAAAUUGAGGGUGUGGGCUGUUUUGGCUAAGGCCUGGAUCUCACAGAAUUUUGCCAGCUUUUUUUUUUUUUUUUUUAAGAAACAGUGUCAGACGCACUGAUCAUGUUUGGUUUUCUAAAUAUCUUUUUUGCAAAAUCUGUGUUUUAGUCACUGGCUUUUUAUUGGGGUCGGAGCAUUGAGAACCGAACAUCAUGAGUAGUUACAGAGAGCAACUUAAUUAAACAGUGGACUAAAGUCCCUACUCUUAUGAGGGCACAACUCCAUUGUCAUACACCAGCUGUGAAUUUGGCUCUCUGACUGACAUCACCUUUGUUAUUGUUUCCCGGUGGGCUUUUGCCUCACUCCAAAUUCUUUCCUUCUCUUCCCCCGUCUUCAGAAAAUAGAAGCACAAUGAGGACAGUAAAAUCAAAGAGAAACCCCAGCAAAAGGUUUAAUGAAAUCAACAAAAACUGUGUGCCCCAAACUCUUUAAACUUCUGCAGCCUUGUGAAUCUAAAAGCUGCAACAUUGUGCAAAGGCAGAGGAGCCAGACAGUGAAACUGACAGUGAUCAGAAAGUGACCCAGGGCAGCGUGGCCAUGAAGUGCACCCAGUACACAAAUGGCAUAAAGUGAACUCUGUUUGCUUUUAGGAAUCCAAAGUGUUGCUAAUAACACUGGAAGGCUAAUUCUGUCUUGCAGGGUCUGAUAUUUAAUUUGAAGGUGUCCCCUUUGGAAAAGUAGCUGAUUACUGCUUACUGGAUCCGAACAAUGGUUUGGCUCUGUUACUUUCUUGAGGAGAAAUGGAUUAUUGGUGAUGUUUGUGUAGUGCCCCUGAGUUGCACAGUGUACGUAUGCCCUGAUUGGUACAAGGACCCACAGCUCACACUUAGGAUAAGCAUGAAAGGAAUUGCUGAGGGAAAGAAACUGCCCAUACUCCUGUUGCAUGCCAUCUUGGAAAGCAAUCCAGGUGCUUCUCUGAGUUGCACCUCCAACUGGCUCCUUUACAACCCUGCAGGUGAGUUCCUCAUUGCAAGGAUCCCUGCUUAGCAAGGGGGGCUCCUGCUCUCUCCCUCAUCCUUCCCCCUCCUUGUUGGCAGCCCUCCAGUGUGGUGGUCUCACUGCUAGUAUUGAAAUGUCCAGCACUGCCAUCCCUGUAAUGUUACCGAGCACAAAUCUCCCCCCACGAGCACCUGAAAGAUAUUUCAGCUGGGUGGAAACUCCCAUCACUACAUAUACCUCUCAACUAUCCAAGGUUUGCCUCUGGCCCAAGCACACCCUGUCUUCACACUGCUUUGUUCUGGAAAAUGUCUGAUAGCAGAAAGGUGGACUCUGGAAAUUGAGGGUUAGGGAAAAUGUUAUUUCUGUUCCAGGCGCCACGCUUGCAUUGUUUGCCGAUGGCUGCACUACUGUUUGUUGUGUCUCUCUCCUUCUGGGUCUGUGUUCCACAUGUGGGCCUUAGUGGGCUGAGAGGUAUAUAUGGUCUAUAGCCAGAUCAGGAUCCACCGGAGCCUGAAAAGGAACAGAGGGAGAUAGAUGGGAAUUUCUUCCUCUCUCUCUCUGUAAUAUUCACAAUAAUUAACCCUGCAGUUUGUAUUCUGUAAAACUUGGUAUAUUUCUGUGCCAAAAUAUUUAUUAAA